CGUUAUGGGCAAUAAUCACCUCAGCCCUGUCCUCUCUGCCAGAGAGCAGUAACUUUUUCUCUUUUGUUGUGACGUAGAUGCCCAAACCGCCCCAAAGGCAAGAGGGUUCCCCAGUUAAAGGCCACCGGCGGCUGUUGCGUGUGAGUAGGCCUGAAUUGUGCCAUACUGGUAUUAUUUAUUUAUUCUGAGCUUUUGUACCCAGCUCUUCAGCCAAAAAAAGGCUCCGAGAGUGGAGUCCCUGCCCCACGACAUGCAAGGUAAAAAGGAUGGGGAGGGAAGAGGGGGAAACAUGAAUUGGGCGCCAGAUGGAGCUGCAGAAGAAGGAGCUCUACAUGAGCCUGUGGCCCUCCAGAAGUCGCUUCCAUCAUCCACCACCUUUCGCCAUGUUACCAGGGAGGGACUGAUGGGAGCUGGGACAACAUCUGGCGCCCACAAAUUCCCCGUGCCCAGACUGCAGCUUCCUGUGGGGCAAGCGCCCAUACAGUGGUACCUCGGGUUAAGAACUUAAUUCGUUCUGGAGGUCCGUUCUUAACCUGAAACUGUUCUUAACCUGAAGCACCACUUUAGCUAAUGGGGCCUCCCGCUGCUGCUGCGCCGCUGCCACAGAUUUCCUGUUCUCAUCCUGAAGCAAAGUCCUUAACCCGAGAUAAUAUUUCUGGGUUAGCGGAGUCUGUAACCUGAAGCGUCUAUAACCCGAGGUACCACUAUAUUGAUCAGGCCCAGAGGGUCAGAUGUAGGGCUAGGGUUCAAAGCCCACUUGGCCAUAAGCUCACUGAGAGGCCCUGGGCCAGUCACUCUCUCUGUCGCUGUCUCUCAGUCUAGCCUACCUACUUGCCUAGCUGCCUGCCUACCUCACAGAGCUGUUGGCUGAGGGUGGCAUAUCUUUAUUUAAAAGCAAAUGCUGAAAGGGGGGAACGCACACACAAAUGAGAAAGAAGGAACAGUGCCUGCACAUUUUGCCUUAUAUCUCAGGUUUUAUAAAUGCUCUAAACUCUCCCCUUUGAAAAGAAGAAGAAGAAAGGACCUGGGAAUAUGGGGUUAUGGAUGCCCAUGCUUCUAGAAUGGUUUGCAACUUUCCUGUAUUCCUUGGAGAAAGUCACUUUGCAGAGCCUUCAUAAGCAUUAAAUAUAUGUUCUGCGUUUACCAGUGUAGUACUGUUAGUAAAACAGUUCCGCCAUAUUCUCUCCCUCUCUCUGAACAUCAGUGACUUUUCCAUUCUGCCUGGGGUACUGUGUAACUCUAAAGCUUCCCCCCUCCUUUUUUUUUUUUUUACUCUGAUCAUCAGUUUAACUUCUAUUAACAUGUGGGGCCGGCCCAAGAUUCUCUGUCCUAUUACAAGCAAUGAUCUGUCUUCAAGGAGGUAACAAUACCUAUGUUUUAAAAACGAAAUCAAGUUACUGGUGUGGCAAGCGGUUCGAGGUGAGUUAAGACAGCGAAACGUCAGUGGUUUGAAUGACACUAAAUCUCUCUCUGUGGGACAGAUGGCAUUUGCUAACAGACCCCCCCCCCCCACAUUGCCUGUGAAACUGCAGUAGGACCAAGUCUGUAUUUCAUAAAAUAAAUUCUUCACUGUGAGGGCCUACCCCAACCUGCCACCUCUGAUGACUCUCCCUGCCCCCCCUUUUCUUUUUAAAGGCCGCUGAUUAAACGGCGCUGUCUGCUCAGCCCCCAGUUAGGGGUAUUAUCCUCAUGUCCAUUUUUCCUGUCCUUUGCAUAGCUCUGCUCCUUUUUCUGUUCGUAAUCUUUCUUUACUCCCCCCCCCUUGCCUGACCACACUUGUUCUUUGACGUCGUCGAGUGACGGGGGCACUAAGCCACCAGAGUCUCCCCCUUUGCCGCCUGCCGUCUUCAGAUCCCCCUUCGCCUCCCGCCGAGACGCACCGUCCCCCCCUCCCUACGUGGGGUAAGGAGCAAGGCAGCCAGGGGAAAUGGGGGGGCAGGGGACAAGAAGGGGUGCAGGGAGGCAGAGAUUAGGGGCAGAUUUUGCCCAGCCUCUUCAAGGGCUCUUUUGGACAAGGGGGGGGGGGGAGAAGAUUGAACAAAAGGUCAUGGGGAGAUUUCCCCUCUAGAGGGAGCUGCCCUCUCUUCUGUGAUAAACUCAUCCCAGAAGAGAGUUGGAAAAUGGGUAGUCUUGGGGGGGGGGGUAUAAGCCAGCAUUUCUGAGGUGGCAGUGGAGAAUUUAUGUGUGUUAAAUUCUAAAUAACAAUGCUUCCAAUGUAGAUCUGCUGCUUUCCUAAGCAGGUCCUGCUGCUAUGUUGAACACAGGCAUAAAGAGAAAACUUCACCCACUUAUUUUCUGGAUGUUAAAGGCACAGGAGCAGGGGCAGCUAAAAGAAUUUGGCAACCCGUGUACAACUUAGAAAUAGAGGGUUCUCUGAGAAAUGACGGGGUAGGGGCAAAAAAAAAUUGUUGGCCUUUUCUUUCUCUCUGGGGAAUCCUGAGUCUGCUCGAGUACUGACUACUAAAAGAUAAGUUGAAUAUGGGGUCAUUUCUGUAUGUACUCUGUAUGAACAUGGGAAGACAUAGAGCUUUUUCCAUUUAAGGGGUUAAUGCUUUUGUAAGUGUCUUUGGUAGUAUGGUGAUCCCAAAAUAUAGGAGCUAGAAAGCAGAUGAAAUUGUAUCUUUUUAUUGCAUGGUGCUGAGGGAUGGUGCAAGCUUUUGAGUUCCGCGGGACACUUUGUCUUCAUCAGGACUGCCUGAAGAAGAAUCCUGUGAGACACAAACUCUUGCAUACACUUGCAUCAAUCAAAGAUGAUGGUGUUGAUAUAUUAUUAUUAUUAAUAAUAAUAAUAAUAAUAAUAAUACCCUGCCCAUCUGGCUGGGUUUCCCCAGCCAUUCUGAGCAGCUUCCAACAAAAUAUUUAAAAAGCAAAAUAUUGUUGCAUCUGCUUUCUCCUUUCAAUCCCAAAUUUGCCAAGUUUUGCCAGAAAAGGUGUGUGUGUGUGUGUGUGUGUGUGUGUGUGUUGGGAAAUGGCUGGGGGCAGGGGGGGGGUUCACCUUUUUGAAAUUUUGCCUCUGAUCCUGCAUUGGCUUGCUCAGUAGAAAUGUAGAAUCCUUGUCUUUUCUUGGUUUAAUCUAAACCCGAUUGCAUCCUUAAAAAACCCCCAAAAAAACUUUUAAAAUGGUUCCACUGCCCCCUCGUUGGAAAGGAAUCUGUGACUUAAUUAAGAGGAGAAGGAUGAAUUUUUGCAUGUGUCCCUUUUCUAUAUUUAUUCUCAUGACUGAAAUCGUUGAACCACCCAGAGGUUCCAAAUCCUGCAAGUUAAUAUGGAUUAGGAGAUUCGACGUAUGGGAGCCAGCUGCUGGUCAACAGAAGAAGGGGAGAGGAGAAUUUCGAACAAAAUGCAGAAGGGGGAAAUGUAUGUGUGGACCAGUGAUAGGGGAUAAAUUUGAUUCACUUCACAUUUAUUUAAGCAAACCUCAUUCACACUUUCUGAAACAGUGUGCAAACCGAAACUUAGCCAGCCUUUGAAAUUCACACUUCUCUGAAUUUUGCAAUGCAGUUCUCCAGCCAAGUAUAUUGUAGGAUGCAUAAAGAUACAUAUGCUUGUGAAAUUAACACACAAACAUGCAUGAUGUGAGGCCAACUUGUUUUGCAAAUAUUUGUAUAUUAGUCAAAAUUGCAAUAAAAAUGCAUAUAUUAGGAGUAAUUCGCACUAAAAUGCUGGUGGGUUUUCAUGAAGAGUUAAAAAAGUCAGACUGAUGUGGAAAUGUGGAGAACUGAACUUCAGAUUGGAAAACAUUAGAAAUGCAGUCAUACCUCGGGUUGCGAAUGUGAUCCAUGUGGGAGGCAUGUUCACAACCUGCAGAGUUCGCAGCCUGAAGCGCUGCAUCUGCGCACGCACGUGAUGCAAUUCGGCGCUGCUGCACAUGCGCGUGACGUCAUUUUGUGGUUCUGCGUGAGCGCCAAAACCCAGAAGUAACCCGUUCUGGUACUUCCGGGUUCGGCGCGGUCCGCAACCCAAAAACGCGCAACCCAUAGUGUUCGUAACCUGAGGUACGACUGUAGAGAGAAACCUUAAUUGAGAGAUUCAUCCCUAAAGUUUGGACCCAUAAUUCUCUGUCUGCACCAUCUCCUUGCAUUGUGUGAUAUGACAAUCCUUCCUUUAAUAAUUUGCAUCCAUGCCCCAGUGCUCACUCUAUCCCCAGCGAACUGGCCAGAUUCAUCUUUAACACAGAUAUACGCCCGCAACUCAGAUUCACUCGUGUACAGCUGGCGCUAGAUUGGGGCCUAUGUCUAUAUCUUUGCACAAAUAGCAUUGCUUGUCGUACAGGGCAGGAAUCUGUUUCUCCUCUGCAAAUGACCUUUACACUACUGGGUUUAUUGAUCUGCUCACCAUUACAAAUUUAUAUCUGGUUUCAUGCUAAGUGAACGGUCACGGCAUCCCCCAGAGAAUCCUGGGAGUUGUAGGAGAGACAGAAAACCACAGCUUCCUGGGAAACGCAUGAGUCAAUGACAGGAAUCUCCCUCUGCAUAGUGUGAUUUUUAUCGAAUGAAGGGAAGAGGGAAUUGUCUUUAGCAAACAGAGAAAUCUCACAGGAGAAAAGAAAACUAGCGCUUGAUUUUGUUCGUUUUGACGCUUCCUGUAUGUCCAAAAUGUGCUUUGAGACACAGCUCCCUCUCACCUGGUCUGACAAACCUCACUGGAAAGGUGUCCAGGCAACCUGUCCCUGACCGCUGCCCUAUUUCCUGUUGUUUUGCCUUUGUAGGAUGCCUUGUUAAACUCCUGUUGAUGUGAAUUGCUAGCACUGUCAUUUCUGCCCCACCUUCCGGGUCUCUAGAAGUUUCCCUUCUUCCCAAAAGCAGAACUGUUCUGAUUUUGCCUAGAGCACGCAACAUGGCCAGGGAGGCAGCUGACGGCAGACGCUUCCACUUGAGUGUCCUGCCAAGUCCAGGUUAAGAGGACUCCUUGGUGCCAUCUCACCGCAGGGAACCAGUUCCCUGGUAUGAAGUGCUUUUUCAUUUGCAGCCACACUCUGACCUUCUGACAGUCCUGUAGGUCCGUUUGCACAGAACUGGCAGGUGUCAUGGAAGAAACCUGUAUGUUUCUGAACCCCCAAAUCUGCCUUAAUGAUUGACAUGGGAAUUCAUGCAUGGAACACAUAAAAUCAUAAGCAGUGCUGCAUUUGAUUGUUGUUGUUUAGUCACUUAGUCGUGUCUGACUCUUCGUGACCCCCUGGACCAGAGCACGCCAGGCACUUCUGUCUUCCACUGCCUCCCGCAGUUUCGUCAAACUCAUGCUGGUAGCUUCGAGAGCACUGUCCAACCAUCUCGUCCUCUGUCAUCCCCUUCUCCUUGUGCCCUCCAUCUUUCCCAACAUCAGGGUCUUUUCCAGGGAGUCUUCUCUUCUCAUGAGGUGGCCAAAGUAUUGGAGCCUCAGCUUCAGGAUCUGUCCUUCCAGUGAGCACUCAGGGCUGAUUUCCUUAAGAAUGGAUAGGUUUGAUCUUCUUGCAGUCCAUGGGACUGCAUUGGAUUAGACCAACUCUAAUUUUCCUGGACCAUGAGGACCGUAGCUCAGUUUUACAGCACCAGAUAAAGGUCCCAGGUAGCAUCCCUGGCAUUUCCAGGUAGGGCUGUGAGAGAACCAUGCACCAAAUCCUGGAGAGCCUCUGCCAGUCAGUGUAGGCUGUACUAAACUUGAUGGACCAAUGGUCUGACUCAGUAUAAGACAUACUCAGAGGCGGAGCAAAUGGGGGUGCUAGCUCCACCCCAUCCCUACCCGCAAUGGGCAGUUCGCACCGCCUCUGGGCACACCGCCCCAGAUGCCCAAGAGACUUCCUCCGCCACUGCUUAUACUGUUCCUAACCCUUCUAGGCUUGGAUCAGCUGGCAUUGCAUCUGUGCUUAGUUGCUGACCUGUGCUGUUUUGUGCCUGAUUUUCCAUGGCUGGCACACCAAACCUGUUCCGACACCUUCGCCUUACUUGUUGCGCCUGAGAUUGUGUUCCAGAAAUUAUUGCAACCAUAACAGGAAAUGUGAUUGGGGGAGGGGGGCAGCCGAGAGAACUACUUGAGAAGAAGGAAUGGCCUGGUCCUAUGGUGCCUGUAUCAGUGACUCACACAGGAACCAAUAAAACCGUUAAGCCAGUUUAAAUCUGCAGAGCGGAUCACGCCCACUCGCUUAACGGGGACGGAGUUUCGUGAUCUGGUCGGAUGCCGUGACCAAAAUCCAAUACGUCCAUUUGAUUAUCCCCUAGCUGAUUAACGGCAGGAAGGCUCAUCAGUCGGGGCCCAGAUUGUCUGUCCCAUUCCCGGCUAGUUCUUCGCUUCCCAGCUAGACGGUGCCAAAUAUUCUUCUUGACCCCUCGCUUGAGCAGAAGGAUUGUCCCGCAAUCAAAGUCAGGGCAGUCUCAAGGAAGACCUUUCUAGCCAACCCACCACCACCCAGUAGUAUCUCAGCAUUUAUUCCAUUUGGACGGAGAACGAAAAGAGGGUUCCUUUAAGGGAGGGUGUAUUGAGGAAGUGAUGGAGGGCAGUCAGGCCAAAUUUAUCCCCUUAUAGCACCAUACUCCUGCCAAGUAGGCUGCCUGCUGAGCUUUGCUAUUGAGUCAGGCUCCUCAAAGGUGUUGGUUGUGCCGUUUCGUACAGCUCACGAGCAGGGUUCUUAACACAGGCCUCAGGCUGGGUUUCCCCUAGUCACCUGGGAAGAGAGAGGGGAAUCAGGAGGUCAUGUUGCCCUUAAGGGGACAGCCAGUGCUAUUUUUUUAGGAUGAGAGAUACCAGAACUUACCCUGAGCACCUCCCUCAUUCCUUAGAAGUCUAUUUCUGGCACUGGGCGAAGAAAAGAAGUCAAGUUGGCAACUGAUGGACUAGCUGGCACUCUCAAGAGGCCGUAUUUGGUUCCAGGACUGCCAGCAGGAAACCCAAUUCAUUACCUGAGCCAAUGUUUGUGAAGUGUUUUGAAAUCUUGAAAUGCACCACAUAGGCGAAACUCCAUUAUUAUUGUUAUUAUUGUCAUUUCUCUCUCACCUGAUUAAAUAAAUCUCAGUUAAUCCUAUAUUUAAUUAGAUUAAUCCGUUAGCCAGUCAAUUAAAUUCACAUGCAUUUGUAUAGGGGGGGGGGAUACUUCUGAAGCAAAAAAACAUACUUUGUUUUCAGAUAAUGGGUCAGAUCUAGAUUCCCAACAUACUUAGAGUAGUCCCAUUGACUUCAUUGGGCCUGCUUUCAGUAGGAUGGGAAUAUGGAACCAUCUCUAUGUAUGCUCUUCUGUUGUAGAGGCUUUCGCUCCUACCUGCGAGAAAAAGGAAGAGGCCUGCUGUUAUUGUUAAGUAAUCAUGUUAAAAAAUAAUGCAUUUUUUAAAUAAAUAAAAAAUGCUGCCUGAUUAAACAGGGGCACAUUUUUAGUAAAUUAAAAGUCUUGCUAAUUGAUUAAUCUACCUGGUUCAUCUAUUAAUUUUUGUUGUUAUUGUUGUUGUCGUCUGGGUCAAAGGGGGUGCCCUCCAGAGUGGCCUGUGCCCCAGCCCCUCUCUGUUCUGAAGUGGAAAAACAGAGUUUUGUUUCCAUCCAAAUUAACUUUUUGUUUUCUCCCCUCUCCCCCCUCUCCUCUUGAGACGAAACAAGGGGCUUUGGGAGUUGCCCCGGAAAUGACUAACCAUGUGGAGGUCCCCAUGGCGGAUGGGCCCCACAUCAGCUUGGAAGAGCUGCCAAAACCUUGCCUGGAUAAAUACUGUGGGUGGCUGAUGCGAAACCUGCUGCUGACCCUCACCAUCGUUGGUAAGAUUUAUCUAUCUAUCUAAGAUGACUUAUGAACCACUUAUUUUUUUAAAAAAAUCAAUCAAUCUCUAAGCAGUGCACAUAAAAGAGGAUAGUUAUCCAUAAAAUACAGAUAAAAAUCAACAGAAUUUGAAAGCAACUAUAGACAAUGGGCUUAGGUGUUGGGAUGGACUUGCUGGUGCUGAAACUGUAAAACUGCAGGUGCUACACACUUAGAGAUUGCUUUAUCAUAGGUACGGAAUGCAGAUUAUUUGGCACUUGUGAAAGUGCAAGCUCGAUCCCUCAAGUAAACUAGUCCCAAGCUGUUAAUUGGUAAAAUGACACACAGCCUCCGUCUGGGAACAACCUCCUUAGUCUCUGUUUACCCCUUUCUGUCUCUCUGCGGUUUUUCAUGCCUGAAGUAACUUCCAUCUUCCUUUAAGUCCUUCUAGGCAGGGGUGACAUCUGUUCUAGGUUCUGUGCAGCAUCUAGCACAGUCUGCAAAUGACAAAUCGUAGUAGUGAGAUAGGCAGAUCAGGAAAGCAGUGGUUGGGAACUGACGGGCUGUGAGUGAAAUCUGGCCUAGAAAUAUCUGCCAGUUGGCCCAUUAGAUUAAAACAACCUUUCUAACUGUAGCCGUUCUCUUCAAAACCAGAUGUUCCCAUAGGAAGGGGCAGUUUCCAAAACAGACAUGUGUGUGUAUCUCUGUGUGUGCCCCCACAUGCUUAAGUUUUGGCACACUGCUUUCUCUCUCCCAGAUCUGGAAUUCUGCCAAUAUGGCGUUUACAGUGACAUGAUGGAGGAGGGGAUGGCCUCUUGCUAGCCUCUAUCCUUAUUUGACCCAUCAACUGAUCUACUUGCCCCACUGCUCUAGGGUGGAUCUACACUGCUCAUAGGGUGGAUCUACACAUGGGGGGGGACACUUUAAAUCAAAAAUUAAAUCGUUAUAACAAAAGAAAAAACACUGUGGAAAAUUGCUUAGAAAUUUGUUUUCCUCUCUGGCACCAUCUGGUGUUGCAUGUUUAUAACGCAUUCAAAACGCUGUUUCUUGACGAAUGUAGCUGAGUCCAUAGAUUAUUGUAGCUGGAAGGGCCUUUGAAGGUCAUUAGCUCAACACUCCUGGCUGUUGCAAGAAGCCCACUACCGCAUUUGCUUCAGAGCAUGUAAAGAAAGAGAACCCACCAUCUUCCAAGGCAGCUAGUUCCUCUGUGAAACAGCUUGUAUCAUCUUGAAGUUCUUCUUAAGCUUCAGUUAAAAUCCUUUCUCUUAUAAUUAGAAGCUCUUGUUCAAAGCCUCACCCUCAAUAGAGCUACAGAAAACAAGUGUGCUGCAUCAUCGUCCUAUGCAGUAGCCUUUCGAGUACAGUGGUACCUCAGGUUAAGUACUUAAUUCAUUCCAGAGGUCCAUUCUUAACCUGAAACUGUUCUUAACCUGAAGCACCACUUUAGCUAAUGGGGCCUCCUGCUGCCGCCGCGCCGCCGGAGCCCAAUUUCUGUUCUCAUCCUGAAGCAAAGUUCUGAAGCACUAUUUCUGGGUUAGCAGAGUGUGUAACCUGAAGCGUAUGUAACCUGAAGCGUAUGUAACCCGAUGUACCACUGUACUGGAAGAUAGCUAUCCGAUCACUUCUUAAUUGUCUCUUUCUUCUCUGCGAACAGUAACAACCCCACUCAGAGCUGUCUCCCAUCCUGCGUUGCAGGUUGUGAGCUGAUCCCUUGUCUUGUUACAUAUGCAGCACACCUGAUCUGCAAGGCAGUUGAGCCAGUGCAAUUAGUUUAGGGUCCCUCCAGAGAUGUCCUUUUUAUUAUUUGUGCUCAGGAGGAUGCUAUCGGAGCAGUCACUUGCAAUUGCGCUUUCAAUACCAUACAAAAGGUUUAAAGAGGUCACACCGCUGCAUUUCCAGCCCAUAACUUCCUGCUGAAAUCCUGUAACUUUUUAUACCACAAACAUCCUGCUUUAUUUUUACCCCACUUUGGUUCCGCUACAGCCCCUCCUGAUAGCAAUAACGAGGUAGCCUUGGAGAAGCAUCACGGAAUAAAUGAAAGCAGAAUAAACCCACCGCUGAUGCAAUAUUCUUGUGUUAAGAACAUGUGGCAGGCUAUAUCCACAAUGAAACACCCGUCUGGGUUGAAGCUUAGGUGUGGAGAACAAUGUCGUACAACAUUCCCAGAAACAAAUCAGAAGGGAUGCUCAAUAAGUAGCUAUCAUCUGAACUCCCUGAAAAUUUUGUGCAAACCAAUGAGGAUAAACUUUCAGUCAACAUUACAUUAAGCAAAUUACACCUACACUCAUUUUCCUUAUUGUAAAAAGUCUGAUGGGGGGGAGGGGAUGAAUGGUUCCAGAAAGACUUUGUGAUUGUUCUAGAAUUACCUCUCUGACUCCCCAAGCCAUCCAUAAAUAAAUAAAUAAAUGAAGCAAGCAAGCAAGCAAGCAAGCAAGCUGUCUGUCAAUGAGGCUACUUUUUCCUUUUAAAAAGACCCAUCUGGGUAGUAACUUUCCAUAGCCCCUCAUCUAAUCUCCUAUCUCUGGGCAACCUGCCAUGUCUUGCAGCCGUACACACACCCUUUCGUCGUCCUGCAGCGUGGCUGGCUUCUUGGCCCUGGAUGACCUCUUCAGGGAUAGGCAGAGGGCAGAGGAGCUAAAGAAAAAGGACCCGUUUCUUAGACGUGGAGGAGGAAAAGGGUGUGGAAUUGACGUAUGAACAGGACCCAUAAAACAAGGAGGGAAGCUUUCAAAGUGUGCGCUAUCUGAGAUACUCUCACUGCGUGUAUUGCCAUCAAGUUCAAGUUCUGUUGAGUGCAGUAGUACACAAGCACCCACAGACCUCUUUGUUUGUUCUUCGUUGGCUGCAAACACACAAGCUUGUGUACCUUUGAACAGUAGCUUAAUAACUGGUUUAUUUCCUCCACUGGAUGCAUUCCCUGCCCUUCCUCACGAAUGAGCACAGGACAGCUAACAAUAUAAAACAAUACAGACAACAUCAUAGCUCAGCUGGUUAGAGCGUGGUGCUGACGACCCCAAGGUUGCAGGUUCGAUCCCUGUAUGGGAGAGCUGCAUAUUCCUGCAUUCCAGGGGGUUGGACUAGAUGAUCCUCAGGGUCCCCUUCCAACUCUAGGAUUCUAUGGUUCUAUGGAAUACAAUCAAUCAAUUCUUUAUUGCAGUCCAAAUCUAUGAAAAACAAUGAUGGAAAGAUGCUUUGAAAAAGGAAGAGAAGAUCAACAUUAUCAGCCGCAUAGUUAUUCUCUUUCUGGCUCCUUCCUUCCUUCCUUCCUUCCUUGACAUCUUCAUAAUAUUUUGGCACUUUCUUGAUCUCCUGCCCUCAGGCAGAAGAUAUAAAAGCAUGAUUAGUCGCACCAACAGGGUAAAGAACAGCUUCUAUCCGUGGGCUGUUAGGCUGCUGAGUGAAAAGAUAACAACAGGGCAACUGGCUUUUGGGUUUGGUGGGUGUGCGUCAGUAAAUGAGGGGAAUUAAGACUAAGAGAGCUGAGUGGAGGGUGCUCGUGUAAUCUCACUGUAUACAAGUUGUACAAGUGACAAUAAAGUAUUUCAAAAUUCAAAUAAACACAUAAGCACAUAAGGGGAGCGGUGCUGGAUCAGGCUAAUGGCCCGUCAUGUGCAGCACACUCUUCUCACAGUGGCUAACCAAAUGCCCAAGCUGAACAUGAGCACAGCAGCACUCUGCUCACCUGUGAUCCUCAUCAACUGGUAUUCAGAGGCUUCAUUGCUACUGACAGUGGAGGGAGACUAUAGCCAUCACGGCUAGUAGCCACGGCUAGGUUAAAAAGGUAAAGGGACCGCUGACCAUUAGGUCCAGUCGUGACUGACUCUGGGGUUGCGGCGCUCAUCUCGCUUUAUUGGCCGAGGGAGCCAGCGUACAGCUUCCAGGUCAUGUGGCCAGCAUGACUAAGCCACUUCUGGCGAACCAGAGCAGCGCACGGAAACGCCGUUUACCUUCCCGCCGGAGUGGUACCUAUUUAUCUACUUGCACUUUGACGUGCUUUCGAACUGCUAGGUGGGCAGGAGCAGGGGCCAAACAACGGGAGCUCACCCCGUCGCGGGGAUUUGAACCACCGACCUUCUGAUCAGCAAGUCCUAGGCUCUGUGGUUUAACCCACAGCGCCACCCGCGUCCCUUUUACGGCUAGGUUGGUCCUCCACAAAUUUGACUAAUCCUCUUUCGAAACCACCCCAAAGUUGGUAGCCAUUGCUGGCUCUCGUGGAAAGGGAUGAUUCCACAGUUCAACUAUGCAUCGCAUGUGACCAAUAUCUGUAUGGUUAACUUGUCUUUCUCUCAAAUCGCCGUACAGAUUCAAACAGGAAAAAACGCACACGCUCCAUCUAGCCAUCCAGUCUCGUAGCACAGGGUAAAAGGCCAGGAUUUCAUUAGUCUCUCAUUGUUUCUUUUACGUCAUUGCCCUGGAGAAAGAAAAUUAAACAGGGUCUAAUCCCUGUAGCUUCACCCAAGGCCCCCACCCCACCCUCCCUGCGUCCACUGACAGCUCCUAAUCAGCUUGAAGGAGAGGGCAAAAGGGUCCAGAGGACACCAGCAUCUCAUGCGCUGAGAAAAAGGGAAGAGGGAGCUUUGUGCCACAGAGCAAAAUGCCAGCAGGGCUGGCCGUGUGCGUGUGUGAAAGAGAGGGAGAUCUCGCUUUGAGUUACUGUCGCACUUCUCCAAAUAUUGCAGUGCAGGUAAUGUGUGCAAAAAUGGAUCAUAUUAGGGGGAAAUUGUUUUUUUGCAAAAAUGUGUGUAUUAGAAGAGAAAAAUGCUGAUAUUGUUAUCAGGACUUUUGGGGGGGGUAGAAAUUAAAAAAACUGAUGUGGAAAUCUGGAGAGCCGAAUUUAAGAUUGGAAACUGGAGAAACUGAAACACGCAGAUUAGGUCAUCUGACUGAGGUGGUAUUUAGAGGAGUCCAAGGAGAGGGGUUUUUUUCCCCAUGAAGGGGGCUCAGGCAUGAGUCUUGCCCUCUGAAGCUGUUAAGAGCAGUCUGCAGUCUCAAUAACCAAAGGAAGGUGCUUGACAGCUGUGCUGGGGUUCUUCAUUUCCAGCUCUGCUUCUCAUGACCAGCCCUGGACUGAUAACACAAUAAAACAUUUGCUGCUCCAAACCUCAUAAAUGGCUUUAUACAGGAGGCUGAAGCCUUAUAUUACUUGAUUCUGGCAAUUGUACACACUGGCCUUUAUUCAUAUUUUUCUUUCAGGAUACCUGCAUGUGCAUAAUACCACACCAUGUGCGAUAUAUGGUUCAAAAUGCAGACCCUUGAUAAUCUCGGCUUCUGUUGCUGUUGCCAUUUGAGCAAGUUCCUAGCUCUCAGCGCUGUUGAAAAAUGUUUGUGGGAAAUGCAAACAAUGUCUAGAACAAAAUGCUUUUGCAUUAUGCAUUCAUAAUACCCUUCCCUAUUUGCAUUUCUUUGUCGCCCCUCACCUCUCCCAUCCGUGGCUAAAAUAAUUUUUCAUGCACCCUUGCCAAACCUCUAGACGUAGUUCAAAAUAAAACCUACACCUCUGGACCAGUUUCUCUGAUUUAUACAGUUCGUUUUGAACGUCGUUUCAUUGGGCAAGAGAACCCAUGGGUUUCAAUGCAACAACAACAAUGAAAAGACCUCCAGUAAGUUUAAUAAGGGGGUCUCUGCAGCACUGGAUAUAAUAAGUAGGAUCAGGAGAGGGUUGGUUUAUUGCCCUUCCUUCCCUCCCAGCUGUCCUGACUUUGCCCUGGCAGUAUCCAGCAAUUUUUAUCCUGGAUCUUUUCCCAGCGAGGAUUCGGGGGCGUGAACCCCUGUAGCCUGGCUUUACUCCAAGUAGGACACUGACUCUGUGAACAGAUCCCAUGAAAAGAUCCUGUUUUCACCAAACGGUUUAGAAAUCGGUAUCAUCAUGAUCCUGCCCUGAAUGCUUGAAUUUAGCACACCCACACAGCAUCUAGAGCAGCAGUUCGGCUUUGCGUGGGGGGCGGUAUCUGUGCACUACAAUCGCAAGCCAGUUUCAGAUAGUUUUGCAAACUGAACGGACCGCUUUCUGUCCUGUGCAUUUAAUGGCAUCUCGAUGUGCCAAUUUUAGCAGGUGGCAAGUGGCCACUCAGGAAUCCAGGCACUCAUUUCCAUUAAACGCCCUCCCACACACACACACACACACACACACACACACACAGUUGUCACCCCCACACCCAACAUUCAGUCAGCAUUCCAUGACCACUGAGCUCGCUCAGCCCUAAUUGUUAUUAUUAUUUAUUUCAUGAAAUUCAUACACUGCUUGAUUGUAAACAACAACAACAACCUCAAAGUGGUUUACUAAAGAUAAAACAGUAAAACCAAGAAACAAAUCACAGUUAUAUUUUUAAACAUACAAAAGUUAAAACACUAAAACAGAUGGAAAUUACCUCACUGAAUUUGGUGGGACUUGGAUAGCUCAGUUGGCUAGAGCGUGGUGCUGACAACGCCAGAGUUGCAGAUUCGGUCCCCAUAUGGGACAGCUGCAUAUUCCUGGGGUUGGACUAGAUGAUCCUCACUGUCCCUUCCAACUCCACAAUUCUAUGAUUCCUCCCAGGUAAGUGUUUAAUGGGACAGUGGUCUUAGACUCUGACGUAAUGGAUUUAUCAGGGUGUCCAUCUUUAGAGAUUAUUAUUAUUAUUAAUGAUUAGCUUUCUGAGGGAAAGCCUCCCCACUCCAUUGGCUCCACCCCCUGACACAGCCCAAGUCCCAGCCUGUAUCCCCUCUUGCCAAAACAGGAUGCAAGCUGGGAUCCAGUUCAUGAUAGAUUGGGGGGGGCGGCGAGGCUUCUGACACACACACACACACACACACACACACACCACCUAUCAGGAAGGGCAUGGCAGUUCCAGUUCCCACAUCGGGGCCCCAGUGAAGCCUCUGCCAUCCCUCAAUGCCGCCGCACCAAGAGGGGUGAGCGGACAUGUGGUAAAUGGGGGCUGAGGUAAAUGAAAGACCUACAUUGGCUCCCAGUACGUUUCCGAGCACAAUUCAAAGUGUUGGUGUUGACCUUUAAAGCCCUAAACAGCCUCGGUCCAGUAUACCUGAAGGAGCGUCUCCACCCCCAUCGUUCUGCCCAGACACUGAGGUCCAGCGCUGAGGGCCUUCUGGCGGUUCCCUCACUUCAAGAAGCCAAGUUACAGGGAACCAGCCAGAGGGCCUUCUCGGUAGUGGCACCCGCCCAGUGGAACACCUUCCCACCAGAUGUACCAGACUUUUAGAAGACAUCUGAAGGCAGCCCUGUUUAGGGAAGCUUUUAAUGUUUAAUAGGUUAUUGUAUUUUAAUAUUCUGUUGGAAGCUGCCCAGAGUGGCUGGGGAAACCCAGCCAGAUGGGCGGGGUAUAAAUAUAUUAUUAUUAUUAUUGUUAUUAUUAUUAUUAUUAUUUUAUGGUCACAGGAAUUACUUUAUUUACUUCUCUGUCCUGCUACAUUUGGGAGAACCCUCCUUUUCAUUAGGAUCCAUGGGACCUUGGACAUCUGCCCCAAAGCCCAACCCUAGUGCUACCACUGAUAAAGGACCCCCUGUCGAUAAAGAGCCUAGUCCUGCUCUCAACCUGGUGACAGUUACUUCUGAAGUAUCCUGGGACCUUCUCUUUUUCCUCUUUGUUUCAGGAGUGAUUUUGGGAUCUCUGUUUGGAAGUCUCCUGAGGUUGCUCCCACCUCUCGACAGCGACCUGAUCAUGCUGAUUUCUUUUCCUGGGGACAUCCUUAUGCGCAUGUUGAAAAUGCUGAUCUUGCCUCUUGUGAUAUCCAGUCUCAUUUCAGGUGAGAGGGGGAGGGGGGAGAAAUGGCUCCAGAUCCCAAACCUGAGAAGUGGGGCGCUAGCCUCUGUAUAGCUUAGCUGGCCUUCCAAGAGAUUGGGUUUUCGCUGAAAGGAACAAGGAACAAAUUGUGAAACUGUGGGGGAAAUGGCAUCCAAGGUGAGUUCAUAAGAGCCCCCCAUGCCUUGAAAGAAUGUAAGAGAGGGUUGUGGGAAAGGUUGGAAGGAUCGGUCAAUUUCAUUUCUCUCCAUUUCUCCUUUUCCCAGUCUUAAAUUCAGUUCUCCACACUUCUGCAAUAAUGAAAAAUCAUCAGAAAUUUUGAGCAAAUUUAUCCUAACAAGCACAUUUUUAUAAGCAGUUUUGACUAGCAAACAUAUUUUUGCAAGCAAUUCCCCCUAAUUUAAUGCAUUUUUGUAUGUUAUAUUUGUAGGAGGAAAAUAUCAGUCCCUGUGAUCCCUGUGUGAGUUAAAUAACAAAAGAAUCAGCUGGGUGCCCAGAUUGAAAACACAGGGAUAAAGUCACUCUCCAGCAGGCGGGAGCACCCAGGAGUAGAGUUUAAGCUCACAAAAGUCAAGCAGCAGUAUAGCAUUAGGAAUAUAGGUUGUUAGACCCUUUUAUCCUGUUUAGUUGCAUACAGCACUUCACCCAUUUUCUACUCCUCUUGCAAUGAUCAGAGCACACACUGUUAAGUAAGUUUUAAAUGUUUUACUUACAAAAUGCUCCAAAGGUCAGAUUCAUGCAUUUAUCCUAGUAGCAGCAAGGUGAACACAGGCAGAAUACUCUUGGGUAGAAAAUACAGAAAGCUUAAAAUAUGUGUUCUAAGCUUGCAGUUUGCUUAGACACAUCAUCCUUGGUCACUUAAAUGGCAUGGAAAGAGUGAGAGGAAGAGAAGCUGCUUCACUUCCUCCCUCAUGGAAGUGAGGGGGCAUGGCUUAGCUGAGUAUAGGAACAGAACUCUCCAGUCUUAAUCCUGUUGUGCACUAAAUAGCAUUCAUACAUAGUUAUGUCCAACUGCACCAUCAUCACUAAUAUGUUCAUUUUUAUACACACACUCUGCCCUAUAUAUGAAUUUUUGUAGACACUGGUUGGAGAACCGCAUUGCUAAAUCUGAAUAAGUGUGAAUUUUGUAGGACAGCUGUGUUUUGAUUCGCAUAUUAUUUCGUAAAUAUACGUCUUUAAAAUGUGAACUGAAUUAAACUCCUUCCCCAUCCCUAGUUGUGGGAGACCAGCCCCUAUCACUAUCAACACAUGCAGUGAACAUGCCACCUGAUCUGUGCAUUUGACUGGUGUGUGAAGGGGCUCUAUAUGUGAGCCAGGUUAAGGUGUCAGGCAGUGACUGGCCCAAGGUUUCUCAGUGAGCUUCAUGGCCAAGUGGGGAUUCAAACCCUGGUCUCCCACGUCCUAAUCUGACAUUGUAACCACCACAUUGGCUCUCUCCUUGACCAGGUCUUGGUACACCUCUCUUUGCCAAUAAGAGAUUUGUGUUAGAAACCCCAAUUUGUUCUACAUCAGAUGCAGAUUUGUUAUUGUAUUGUAUGCGCAUUAGGUAAAGGUAAAGGGACCCCUGACCAUUAGGUCCAGUCCUGGCCGACGCUGGGGUUGCGGCAUUCAUCUCGCUUUACUGGCCGAGGGAGCCGCCGUACAGCUUCCAGGUCAUGUGGCCAGCAUGGCGAACCAGAGCAGCGUGCGGAAACACCGUUUACCUCCCCGCCAGAGCGGUACCUAUUUAUCUACUUGCACUUGACGUGUUUUCGAACUGCUAGGUUGGCAGAAGCUGGGACUGAGCAACGGGAGCUCAUCCUGUUGUGGGGAUUUGAACCGCCGACCUUCUUAUCAGCAAGCCCUAGGCUCUGUGAUUUAACCCACAGCGCCACCCGCGUCCCCUGUAUGCUGAUUAUCUCAGUGCAAACGGCGCUUCCAUACGCUCUGGCACUCGUCACGGUGUUCCGUGUGCCAGAAGCAGUUUAGUCAUGCUGGCCACGUGAUCUGGAAAGCUGUCUGCGGACAAACACCGGCUCCUUUGGCCUGAAAGCGGGGAUGAGCGCCACACCCCAUAAUCAAAUUUGACUGGACUUAAUCAUCAGGAGUCCUUUACCUUUAGCUAUCCCAGUAAUUGGCUCAUCAUGAGCAGCAGAAGGAAGCUGGUCCCACUCCCUGAGACACCAUUCUGCAACUGCCUCCUCUCCUUCCAACUAUUAUUUUCUUUGUGACUCUCUGUUUGGUCUGUCCACCUCUUACGUACUUCCAUGGAGGAUGGGCUUAGGCAGGGUGGCCUCUCUCCAUCCCUUGACCCCGUAACCUCUUGUGAUGUGUUUUGUGGGCAGGUCUGGCCGGCCUCGAUGCCAAAUCCAGCGGGCGCAUGGGCACUCGCGCCAUGGUUUAUUACAUGUCCACCACUGUGGUGGCGGCCAUAUUGGGCGUCAUUCUGGUCUUGUCUAUCCACCCCGGCAACCCAAAACUCAAGAAAUCCCCCACGGUGAUGACUAGGAACGAGGAGGUCUCCAGUCUGGACGCUUUUCUGGACUUGAUCAGGAACCUGUUCCCCGAAAACCUGGUCCAAGCCUGUUUCCAGCAGGUAACGCAAGUAGCAAAUGUAUGGAUCAGGGAGGCAAAGGCCGACGGGGCCUGGGACAGUGGUUUGGCAGUGGUUGGUUGCUUCCAAACCGCCCUCUCCACCUACCAUGCCGCCUCUUUCUCACACAGAUCCAAACCGUCUCGACGAAGAUCCCUGUGCCCCCGGUUGUGGUCCGUAAGGAAAACGUGAGUCAGAUAGUCCACGCCAGUGGGUCAGUGCUCAACACCACCAUCACGGAGGUCAACGUGGGUCCCAGCACCGUGACCCAGAAGCAGCUGGAGUUCAAGGCUGGAAUGAACGUUUUGGGUGAGCCUUUGAUCAAGAGCAAAAGUGGAAGAGCUCGGCAGAGAGGCUGGGAGCAAAUAUGGAGGGUGCUGUGGACAAACAACUCACGCAGUCAUAGCCAUGCCACGUGGAAUCAUUUUUAAAUUUUAAAACUAUAUAUGCAUGCUUUUAGAAUGUCCUCCGUCAUGAAUGCUAUUCAUGCAGCAGAAUGAAGUGGUAGAAGCCUGAGAUGGUGGGAGUUAAGGACCGUACCACUGCAGGCUGCAGGUAGAGGAUGGCAUUUUAUUCCCCAGGGGGGAAACUCCCUGCCAAAACCACACAAACAAGAGGAGUGGGGUGGACCCAGGACAUCAGCAGGAAAGGUUUGGUCUCAACCUUCUCUUUGCUGUGAGUGCUUUCUGCUUUAGGUUGUUUCUUUAUAAUAUGGGAGCAUUCACAACUGUGAUCUCCCCUCUGCUGUCUGAAAUGGUUCUGCCCAUUCUACCACCUAGGAAUUUGGACACCAUCCUCUACACGUGUAGACAAGGCCUUGGAUGUUUGUGUUUUAAUUGUAUGGUUUUUAAAGCUGUGCCCCCUCCCCCAAAAAACCCCCACUGUUAAUUGGGCAGUACAUUAAUUCAAAAACAAAUAAAUAAAAUAGGGGAGGGGUAGAAAAGCAGAGAAGAAAUUGAAUUUGGCACAUUAAUACUUAAUCCUUUUUUUGGCCUUCAAAAGGCAUUGGUUAAGACUCGUUUUUACAUGUUUUACAUGUUUUUCAAACUCAAUGUUAUUUCAACAUUUCAGAUUUGAAUUUUGAAAUUUACAAACUCAACAUUGUUUCGACAUUUCCGUUUUCAAUUUUGAAAUUUAGCAUUUUUAAUAAUAAACAUAAAUUAAGCACACCUCUCUUCCUCCUACCUGCAUCUGGUGUGCAGGUGAGAGACGAGAGGUAGGUGGGUUUGUGUGUUUUAAACUGUUCAUUCUGCGUCCUCUAUUGGGGAGACAGAGCACAGGGUUGGCGAGAGAUCCCUCCUUCUCUCUGACUCCCCCUUUCUCUCCUCACCCCCCUCCCUUGCAGGUUUGAUUGGCUUCUUCAUUGCCUUUGGCAUUUGCAUGGGGAAGAUGGGCGAGCAGGCUAAGCCCAUGGCCGACUUCUUCAACAUCCUCAACGAGAUCAUCAUGAAGCUGGUCUCUAUGAUCAUGUGGUAAGAGAGACUCACAUACAGAUAUGCAACCUAGAGAUUAAUUUCUUUUUUUAAAAAAAACAACCCAGUGCCAGUUUCCUUGUAAGUAUGGAAGCAAGAACUACAGUCCUUUGGGUUUAUUGCUGUUGGGUCUUUUUGCCAUCAGAGAUAGCAACAGCAAAAUCAUUAUUUGAAUGCUGAGCCGUACGUAGCCAAAAUGGCAUUAUUUAAGUGUAAGAGGGAGGUAAUAUUGUUGUUGUUUAGUCGUUUAGUCAUGUCUGACUCUUCGUGACCCCCUGGACCAGAGCACGCCAGGCACUUCUGUCUUCCACUGCCUCCCGCAGUUUGGUCAAACUCAUGCUGGUAGCUUCGAGAACACCAUCCAACCAUCUCGUCCUCUGUCGUCCCCUUCUCCUUGUGCCCUCCAUCUUUCCCAGCAUCAGGGUCUUUUCCAGGGAGUCUUCUCUUCUCAUGAGGUGGCCAAAGUAUUGGAGCCUCAGCUUGAGGAUCUGUCCUUCCAGUGAGCACUCAGGGCUGAUCUCCUUAAGAAUGGAGAGGUUUGAUCUUCUUGCAGUCCGUGGGACUCUCAAGAGUCUCCUCCAGCACCAUAAUUCAAAAGCAUCAAUUCUUCGGCGAUCAGCCUUCUUUAUGGUCCAGCUCUCACUUCCAUACAUCACUACUGGGAAAACCAUAGCUUUAACUAUACGGUCCAUAUAGUUAAGAGGGAGGUAAUAGCAGAUUUUAAAAAGCUUGGGUGGAGACCCCUAAAAUAAAAAGUGAGUGUGCCCAUUGGCCACAGAACACUGAGCAGCAUCUGAUUGCCUUGAGGGAAACCAGCCAGGGGGCAGGAGAUGGAUUAGUCUGGAAUGGAGUGCCCUGCAAAGGGCAUGGCUGGCUGGAACCCUAAAGGAGGAGACCUCCACAAAGAAGUGUUGAGUUGCAGGUCACAACUGUACUUGGUUAUUUCCAAACAUACAAGUCGAGUAGGCUGUGCCAGGCACCCAGAAAGUGCUUGUCUUUAAAGCAGGUGUUGGAAGCUUCUAAAGCAGUGUUUCUCAACCUGUGGGUCCCCAGAUGUUGUUGGACUACAACUCCCAUCAUUCCUAGCCAGCAUGGCCAGUGGCCAGGGAUGAUGGGAGUUGUAGUCCAACAACAUCUGGGGACCCACAGGUUGAGAAACACUGUAAAGGCAGUGAUCAAAUAAUGGGGGGGGGAAUUAGGGGACCCUUUUCGAAACACACUCAAACUAACCACUAAUUCCCUCUCCCCCCAUGCCCUUCCACUAAUGGGGCCAUCAUGAAAGAUAGGGAGGCCUAGAUCCCUCUGACUUCUGCACCCCUAUUAAUUUGAGCACCACCCAGACGUAGAAAUGAGCUCCUGUACCUCCAUGUACAACUCCCCUGUGUGGUGAGAGCUGGGGGGUGUAGACUAGAGGAACAUGUGAAGCAAAAAGGAUUCCCAGGGGUUGAAGUGGCCCCACCUGUCCAGCCUAGCCAUCAAGGCUUCCUACUCCGGAUGGGAUUUUACCUGAGCAAUGGUGCUUCUCUCACUGCUUCCUCACCAGCCUGACUCAUCUCUGCCUCUUGGCUUCCCUCCUCACCUGCUUCUGUCCCUGCUCUGAUUCUGGACUGCUCUCUGCCGCAGGCUCUUCCUGCUCACUAAACCCUGUUGCUUCUUCAGCUUCCAACUCAUCCCAGUCUUCUCCCUUUGACCACUCAUCGUUGUCCCACCACUAAUCCCCCGACUCUGAGCCUUUUUCCCUCGGGGCUCCCCAGCUGGUGCCUCCCACCAUUCCUCUGUGUCUAGCUAGUCCACGACAAUGGCCAUACCUGUUUCCUGUGGGAGGGAGUUCCGUAGUCUAUCUGUGCGCUGCUCAUUCGGCUGCUGCGACCGCAUCUGACAGUCUUCUGAACGUCCCCUCCUCAAUGUAGGUACUCUCCGUUUGGCAUCGCUUCCCUCAUCUGCGGCAAGAUUGCCGGUAUCAAAGACCUGGAGAUGGUGGCCCGUCAGCUGGGCAUGUACAUGGUGACGGUCAUUGUGGGGCUGGUCAUCCACGGUGCUAUGGUGCUGCCCCUCAUCUUCUUCGUCAUCACGCGCCAGAACCCCUUCCUUUUCUACGCUGGCAUCUUCCAGGCCUGGAUUACGGCUCUUGGCACAGCCUCCAGGUACGGGCAGCUCUCGCAUGGCUUCCUUUUUAGCAGACACUGUUUAUGUGGUGAUGGACAUUUCAUUUAUCUGCUCACUUGAGAAAAUUAAUAGACCACAUAAUUAAUUUUUUUAAAAAACAAAGCAAAACCUCUAUGUGGUUUACAUAAAAUAGUAUUUAUUUUUUUAAAAAAUACUUAUCAGUUAAGCAUUUUGUUAAUUUAUGAACUUGGGUGUAUGUUGGCAGGGGUUUAUGGAACAUGGGUUCAGGGUGUGUGUGUAUAUAUAGUUUUUUGUUAUUUAUAAAACUUCCUUUUUAGGGAAGUUUUAAAUGUUUGAUGUUUUAUCGUGUUUUUAAUAUUCUGUUGGGUGCCACCCAGAGUGGCUGGGGAGACCCAGCCAGAUGGGCGAGGUAUAUAUGAUAAAAUUAUUAUUAUUAUUAUUAUUAUUAUUAUUAUUCCUCCUCAUGGAAUGUUUUCAGUCCCAGAGCAAGGGAACAAAGUUAAUGCAAACGAACAGAGAAAAAUAGUAUACAAAGAUUUCAAAAAGACAUAUAAACAGGACCAAUAGACAACUAAGAAAUUCUGUCAUACGCUAAACGAGCAGAAUUACAAGAACGUAAGUUAGUAUUUCCCAUUAAACAAAAUAUGGGCCUCAAGGUCAGCAGGUAGUGAUGGGCGGGUGGGUUGCUGGCCUCCCCCAUUUCUCUUCUUGCCAGGCAGCAUUCAGGGAGGAAUUCCUCAGGAUCGAAUUCCUCUCUUUGGAGAAAGAGGAGCAGCCAACCUCAGCAGCAGCCAUGUUACUCAAAUUAAAUAUGGAUUGGGCCUUUAGAAUUGUUGGCUACAGGGUGUACAAACAAUGCGUCCAGAUACGGGUGAAUGAGGAGGUAGGGGAGUUUUGGAGAAAUGAUGUAUAGACAUGCAGCUUUUAAAAUCACUUUUCCCUACGUCCCUGCUACCCCUGCCGCCUCCUUUGCACGCCAGCGCCGGGACGCUGCCUGUCACUUUCCGCUGCCUUGAGGAGAACUUGAAAAUCGACAAGCGGGUGACCCGCUUUGUGCUGCCCAUUGGGGCCACCAUAAACAUGGACGGCACCGCUCUCUAUGAGGCUGUGGCAGCCAUCUUCAUUGCACAGAUGAACAGCAUACACUUAGAUGGCGGACAGAUCGCAACAGUCAGGUGAGGUGACUCGGUAGGCCUGGUUUGUUUUUUCCCCUCAUGAGCUGGCUGGUGCCCAAGUCAGAUGUAACUCACCCCAAGGGCAGGAGAGUCAAUCUCAUUUCACAAACAAAAUUGCCCACUUAUUAAGCAGUUCGUCAGAGUCCUUGUUUGCAGCCUUCAGAAAAGUAGUAGUGGCAGAGUGCAGGGCCUUUUUGGUUGUGGCACCGGGGUUGUGGAAUUCCCUCCAGCAAAGAUUUGUAUAGCUUCUUUGCUACAGGGCUUUCGUACUUGAGCCAUUAAAGCUAGCACUGUUCCAAAGCAUUUGUCCAAGACUUUUUCCACAGUUUUGGUGGGCAAAACAUCCCCAAAUGUUCUUACCAUGUCAGACCAUUUGUCCAUUUAGUCCUCCAGGGUUUCAGACUGGGGUCUCUCCCAGCCCUACCUGUGGAUGCAGAGGAUUGAACCUGGGACCUUCUGCAUGCCAAGCAGGUGCUCUGGCCCUGAGCUACAGCUGCCUUCCGCAAUUACAUUGCUUAUUUUAAUAAUGGCUCUGUUUACUUGUUUUGAAUUUUGUAAGCUGCUUUGAUGCUCUGCGGCCUAUAAAUGUGAACGAACAUCUCAUUUCUCUCCCUUUCUGUUCCCACAGCCUAACAGCCACAUUGGCUAGUGUAGGGGCAGCCAGUAUACCCAGUGCGGGGCUGGUCACCAUGCUUUUAAUCCUGACAGCCGUGGGACUCCCAACCCAGGACAUCAGCCUCCUCAUUGCUGUGGACUGGCUACUGUGAGUGACGUCAAGGGCAGGGGCUUGGUAGUGGAGUGUGGUCAAACCACGACAUCAAUGUCCCCCUUCAGGGUCAUUCAAAAAACAACAACCCACAAUACGUCUGAGAGACAGUGCAGUAUAGCGGUUAGUGUGUUGGACUGGACCCUGGGUGACCAGGGUUCAUAAUCCCCACUCAGCUGUGAAGCUCUCAUUUGGCGACCUUAAACCACUCACAGCCUCUCAGCCUAACAUACCUUCCAAGGUUGUUGUGCAAAUAAAAUGGGAAGGGGAAGAACCUCAUCCAUUGCCUUUUUAUCUCCUCAGCCAUUAAUUUGUUUAUUUUUAGAAAAAUGUGUGGAAUUUGCAUAUGUUAAUUUAUACCUAUAGAGGCGGUCACACACAAUCCCGCUUUCAGUACCGCUCAUGCCUGCAAAAGUUGCAGGGUGGUCAUACUGCUUCAUUUACAGUCCUUGCCUAUUUCUGCCAAAGUCCCAUGAACUUGCAUAGGCCUGGCCCAAGGAAGUGCGAGGCAAUAUGAUGUGGGCUUUUCUGCGAAGCAGCUCCUUCAAGAGAGGUCUUCUCUUCCUGGAAGGCUGUCCAAUGGACAGAGAGCUCCAGCGAUGGCAAAACGUAAUGACCACACAUGCAAGCAGAUAGGUGGGAAGCAAGGACAAUGGCAGGAUGGGAAGCGAAGGCGAUGGUAGGCCUUGACUACGUCACUCUAACCCAGGCUACCUCAACCUCAGGCCUCCGGAUGUUUUGAGACUACAAUUCUCAUCAUCCCUGACCACUGGUCCUGCUAGCUAGGGAUGAUGGGAGUUGUAGGCCAAAAACGUCUGGAGGGCCGAGGUUGAGGAAGCCUGCUCUAACCCCCUCCUCCCUGUUUUCCUCCCUCCUCCUUUCAGGGACCGCAUGAGGACCUCCAUCAACGUGGUAGGCGACUCCUUUGGUGCAGGCAUCGUCCAUUUCCUCUCCCAGAAAGAGUUGGCGCUCAUUGACGGAAGGGGGGAGGAGCUUGAGAUAGACCCCACUACCCUUAAGCUGCAGGCUCUGGCCAAUCACCAGGAGGGCUCCAUCGGGUCUGGCUACACCGUCUUGCCCAGCCAGGACGAGGAAGAGGUGAGCAGGAGAACGUUCCCGGUGAAUGUUCAGUGGGCCUGGGAGAAGCCGACAGUCACUGGGGACAUAAGAACAUCUGGACAUGAGAGCUGAGCCCACACAGCUCAGGACAGUCUUCCUUCGGGCUUCUAUUCUCAUGCCUACUGUGUCUGUAUGUAACAGGGAACCAUUGUGGCGCUGAGGGCCAGAUUUAGAUUCAGAGCAGGGCCUUUUUAGUGCUGGCCUCUUUGGUUUUGAAUUCCGUCUCUGAGUCAAUCCACAGUGCAAGGGGCAUUGCUGGCCCAACACUCAGCAUGUUGAGAAGCCCCAAGCAUAGGGCUAGCAAUACGAUUCUUUCUGCCAUUCCCAUCAGCUGAGGCGAUAAGGAGGAACCUGCAUCCUCAGGGACCUCUGCAUACGAGAGAAGUCCAUCUCUCGCAGCAAAUGGCUGGAAAAAUGGCUGGAAAAAUAAAACGGGGCUGUUUGCUUUCACUAAAGAGAGGCAGGAAGGUCUCUCUUUAAUAGUGACAGCAGCUCCAAUGAAAAGCAGAGCCUUCAAAGAGAUAUGUUUGUAAAGGGGCACAGAAAGCUCUAAGCUUUAAUUUUGUUCGAUUUUUUCUUAAUACAUCUUUUUCACGCAUGCUGUGAUCCGCAAGGAGUGAGUGCGCCUGAGUGAACAAACCCAGCAAGUCCUAUUGGUGCUCAGUUUUGCAUCAUGGAAUGGGGGGAAAUGUCCUUCCCUUUGCUUCAACCUACUGCCUUGAUUAUAGUGGGUGGCCCCUGAAUACCUGCUUUUGAGAAGGGGCAAAUCACUUUUUCCUCUUCACUGUUUCCAUCCCUGUGUAUCUCUGUGGCCCUUUCUACGUGGUUGCAUUCCAACUCCCAUCCUCCCUGGUCAUGUUGGUUGUGGCUGAUGGGAGUCAGCGCCCAACAACAUUCAGAAGUCCACAGGCUCCCCAGUCCUGCUGUAAUUGAUCUCCCAAACCUCUUCGUGUGCUGCGUUUCCUGCCUUCUCCACCCUCUUUUUCUCUAAACUAAGAUGUUUGCUGUAAGCCUUUAUUCACAAGGAAGAUAAUCUUUGAGCCCCGGUGACCUACCUUUCCGUUGUUACCUGUAACUCUGAGCUAAGACUUGAUCUGAGCCAGGGAUCAGGAACGUUGUCUGGAUUUAGCCGCGGGGCAUGUGAAGUAAAGUGAACCCCUGGGCAUGUACAAAGUUAAUUUCUCUCAUCACUGGGUUAAACAAAGCCAAUUCACUUCUGUGUUGCAAGCUAAAGUCGCGCAGUGGCAUAGCUGUCAACUUUUCCCUUUUCUUGCAAAGAAUCCUAUUCGGAAUAAGGGAAUUUCCCUUUAAAAAAGGGAAAAGUUGACAGCUAUGUGCAGUGGAAAUCCUUUCGGUUCCAAAAUGGGCUUUAGCUCCAGCGCCUUUUCAGAAAAAAAGUAUAAACGUGAAAGUCCUGCUGCAUGCAAAUCAAGCUAAUUAGAUAAACUUUUCCUGAUUUGCAAUAUCGAGGGCAGGAUCUGAAUUUGCUCGCUGCUUGGCAGAGACUCCUGCUUAUUUUAAGAAGCCCAAGCCAGUUCAGGGGAGAGAAUUCAACAGGUAUUUUGCUCUUCCCCGCAUUAUUGUGCUUGCAUUGCUUUGCUGUGCUCCCUGCCAUGCAGAUGUUAACAGCACAGGAGCUUCUGCGAAGGAAAAGCCCCCGGAAUCCUUGUUUGCUGAUCAAAGGGAUUUAGAGAGAUUUCAGCACAGAAGUCUAGACACCAAACAAGCACACUCACACAUGCCCAGAUAAUAAAUAAUAAUCCAACCCCCCCGUUUUUUCUGCUUCCAGCUUCCAGAAAAAAUGGAUGCGGCGUCGCAGUAUAGUGAGAAGGAUGAGGAGGAGCCUGAUGAAGAGGAGGAAGAGAAAAAAAAGGAAGAAGAAUAAGCACCUUCCCCCCACUCACUCACACACACACACACACACACACACACACACACACACACACACACACACUGGUAGCAUCAGCAACACAAAUGGGGGCAGGAGGAAUGGCAGGGGCCCCCAAACUGAUUUGAUUAUUAUCUUUAUGAAUAUUGUACCCAAUGUAAGGCUGGUCCAUUCAGGUGCAUGGGUCAGCUGCCCCACACACCUCAUUCUGCCUUCAGCCUGCCCCUGCCCCUACCCCAACACCAGUCUUCCUGCUUAACAACCAGUCCAGGAGGAGCCACUGCCUGUCCGUUUCCUCCUCUUUCUUCUCCCUGUUGCCCUUUGUAUAACUCAGCAGGAGAAGGACAGGGGACGGGGACAAAACUAGAAUUAGUUGGCUCCACUUGCCAUUGGCUCUAUGGCGCCACCUACUGUUGGGCUCCCUGCCUUCCGCCCAACCAGUCCCAAGGAGACUAGUUCCACAGUUCAUACCUGAACCCGCUUUUUGCAGCAACCUCAGCUGUGAAUGAGAGGUACCUGGAUAACUUAAACAGCCACACACAGAGAGACACAGCUGCUGUAUCUACGCAUUGUCUUGUACGUGUGUGUGUACACAUAUACAUAGACUUGUAUAUUUUUUUGCACAUACCUUUUGUAGAUUGCUUGGGGGUGGGAAGAGGGGAUCUAUUUUUCUUACACAGCCACAUUCCACCUUUGAGAUUCUCGUAGGAUAUAGAAAUCUGCCUUAUACCAGGUCAGACUGUUUUGUCCAUCUAGCAGCAGCCCUCCAGAGUCCUCAGCAGAGAAAGGUCUUUCCCAUCACUUCCUACCUGUUCAUGUUAACUAGAGAGGUCAGGGACAAGCUUUCCACCUUCUACACUCAAAGCAUGUGCUCUGCCACUGAGGUUUGCACCUCAAUUCCCUUCAUGCGCAUCUAUCUAUUCAUUCACCUUCCGAGACCGAGCAUGUGAUUUGGAGCUUCUAGGCUCUGCUAUGAACCGAGGCAAGCCUUGUUGUUUCCCUUCUCCCAUCUGUAAAAUGGAAAUAAUAAUUCUGGGCCAAUUUUGCAGGAUCGUAUUGUGAGCUUUAUGCAGAGAAUGUAAGUGAAGCGCUUUGAGCACUUUGGGGGAAAAUACUAUAUAAAUACUAAGUAUUAUUACUAUUAUUAUCUUCAUGCAUAUCCACACUCCCUCUCACAGAG